CACAACAGAUAGCUGGAGAGCUAUAAUACCUAGACGCAGAUCUAAAAAUAAAAGGGGGAAUUUCAAAUUAUUUGCAUUGCUUUUUGGACGAAAUCGUUUACGGACUUAACAUUUUUCGUAUUGCUCUUUUUUGUGCUUGCAUACCCUCUUUAUCCAUAACCUGCUUGGACUGACAGCCAUUGGAAACCCAUUUACGGAAAGAUGCUUAACAAUAUGGAUUUGAACUCUCAAGAUUCUUUCUACUCUCAGCUCGACAACUGUAACAGUUCUGCUAUUGGGCUGGAAACUCGCGGCCCGAAAGACAGCCAGGAUGUUUUCAUGGAUUCUGGAAGGACAGCACCUGCUCAGUUUGCACACGCAGGUGCGCCUAUCACCCCCAAAACGGAGCCCACAAGUACAGAUCAGUAUAACUCUUGUCACGGUCCUAAAGAAAGCUACUCAACCUCCUUGUCGUACUCUGGCAGUUUCUAUGUAGAAACAUCUCAAGGAGCGCCUUGCAGCACGGAGACAUUACUCAACAUGAUAACCGAAAUCGUUGGCAUCUCAACAACCCCCGUGUCGGAUGCACAACAGUGUACAAACGACCCGAUGAAUACCAGCCAUUCCUCUGUGGACAGCGGCCGUAGCAGUUUUGGAGACGAAGGGGUGCACAGACAGGCCUCCACGUGCCCGAUCGGCAGCGCCACCCCGCCGUUGUAUUCUCCGGGACAGCCAGGCCACAGUUACCCGGACUCCCAGACCACCACACAGGCCCAAGACUCUGCUGCAUCGAAUUUGAACUUUUGCUCCUCUGCGCAACAAUCCACCCAUGACACCGAGCCGCUGCCCGAGUCCGCAACGUUCCCAGUGGCGAUCAAAAAUGAAUUCGAGAGCAGCUGUUACGAGUGGGGAGCAUUUAACAAAUCUGAUAACUACUUGGAUGCUGGCUUCCAGUCAGAGGCAUUCACAAUGCCGACUACUUUUCCAACCGAUCAACAGGUGGAUGUAAAAGAGCUUUUGGACUCUUAUUCCCCCAUUUGCCCAAACCCAGAGAUUGAAUUCAAAGUGGAGAGCACCCUUAAACAGGAGCAGUGCUUCGGAGAUGCAUGCACACAAGGUUUCAACACCCCCAUGUUUAACUAUUCUGCUCCAAUUAUGGAUAUCCCUUCCAACAGUCUUUUGAAACCGAGCAUAUUUCCAAAUAUUGAACUCCAGUCCAGUUGCGACACAACCUACUCGACCUCAACAAUAGACUCCGUUCUGUAUUCAUCUUUAUUGCCGGAGUCUUUCAGUCAAACUUACACACGGGCUCAGAAACCCAAUCGAGUAAGAAAGAGCCCUGCCUCCUCCACCGGGCCGGCCAAGGAGAAACCCUUCACAUGUCCCAUGGAGACCUGUGACCGGCGCUUCUCUCGAUCGGAUGAGCUCAACAGGCACAUCCGUAUUCACACGGGACACAAACCCUUUCAGUGCCGAAUCUGUUUGCGUAGCUUCAGCAGAAGUGACCAUCUGACCACGCACACUCGCACUCACACGGGUGAGAAACCUUUUUCUUGUGAUGUAUGCGGAAAACGCUUUGCCAGGAGCGACGAAAGGAAACGGCACGGCCGCGUGCACCUCAAACAGAAAGAAAAGAUGGAGUUGAAGCCACAAGUAGUUAAUGCGUGGCCAUUCACCUUGCCCGAGGCCAUCUGAGCCCGAACUGUGAAGGGCACAUGAGCUCUUGUUGUGCGCAAUGUUAAAUCUUACCGUCUUGGAAGAUUCAAGCUUUCUAAAACAGUUCUUUAAGCCAUAGAUUACGACUCCAAAGCUCAACAUGAACGUUGUGGCAAUUGUUGCAAGCGACCCGUAUGAGCGUAAAGGUCCAAUGAGGUGUUGGAUCGCGUUGUCAUGACAAGCGCGUGAUUUUAAAAGUGGACCUCCCACAAUGAACCUUGCUUGCAGUGUGUGCAGCAAGUGCAUAAACUUGUAUUCUUUUCCUCGACCAUCGUGUUUCCUUUACGGGAAGCGUGUUUUACAGAACAAGUGUAUUGCAGUUCAGCACUUUCACUAAGGAACAGCUCCAACCUCGACCUUGCAUUGUAAUGCGGUAGUAAAACGCACAGCUGGAAUGUAUUGCACUUAUCUCCACUUUUGAACUUCAGUGUUUUAAUUCGUGCUUUUUGGUCUUUUAUAUUUUAACGCUGUCACCUGUUUGAGAAUUCUUUAAAAUGCAUGUAAAUGUUUACGUGAUAUAAUAAAAAUCUCUGAUGGAGAAGUCAGAUUUACCUCGUUUUUCAACAUGGUGGCAUUAUUAGUUCAUUUGUGCCAAGGUUUUUACAACGUA